UUGGUCCUUCUGUUUGGACAGGGGCACCCGGGGGCGGAGGGGAGUGGCCGCCGCGGCCUAUUUCCGCGAGCACCACGAACUCCAUUCGGGGAGCUCCGCGCCAGCCUCCCGCAUCCAUUCAGUCCCGUUGGCUCUCGCGGUCCACGUCCAUGCAGCCUCGUCGACCCCUGCCGCCCACGCCAUUGCUCUGGCUGCUGCUAAGCCUCGCACUGCCGGCGGCUGCCGUGGCGCCCUGGGACCGGGAGCGCACCGAUGUCCCCGCACGUCCCCCGGCGGCGGGGCUGCCACGCGGGAUCUUGCAGCUGGCCGCGCGCGCUGCGCUGCACUUCUUCAACUUCCGCGCCAGCUCGCCCAGCGCGCUGCGGGUGCUGGCCGCCGUGCAGGAGGGUCGCGCGUGGGUUGACCCUCAAGAGGGAUGUGAAGUGAACUUGGUAUUUAGCACAGAGCGCUACAACCCGGAGGAGGAAGGUGAAGAAAGUCUGGGCAAAUGUUCUGCAAGGGUGUUUUUCAAGAAUCAAAAACCCAGACCAGCCAUUAAUGUCACCUGCAUGGGGCUCACUGAGAAAAUUAAGAGACAAGAAAGAGAUAAUCUGCUCUACAAGCAAGUGAAGCAAUUGAAGAACCCUCUGAACGUCAUCAGCAUACCUGAUAGUCACGGACAUAUUGAUCCCUCACUGAGACCCCUCUGGGACCUGGCUUUUCUCGGAAGCUCCUAUGUGAUGUGGGAGAAGACAACACAGUUUCUGAACUACUACUUGGUCCAGAUCAGUAGGGUGAAGCAGUUGAAAACUAAUGAUGAUGGCAUUGACUUUGAUUUCACCGUUCUACUUCAUGAAUUUUCAACACAGGAAAUUAUUCCCUGUCAGAUUCACUUGUUCUGGUACCCCGGCAAACCACUAAAAGUACAGUACCAUUGUCAAGAGCUGCAGAGCCCAGAAGAAGCCUCUGGAAUUGACGAAGCAUCAGCCAUGGCACCAACAGAGCUCAGUAAUUUCUAAAGAGAAAAAGACCUGUUUCUAUCAUACUCCAAACUUCAUCACUGCUGUAUAAAAGCAAAGGUUCAGGCAUCCUAGCACUGAGGCAGGCUUGUGGUUACAGGAAAAUAUAUCCCACCUGAUUGGCCUUCGUGUUUAACCGAGAGUGGGUGCCUACCUAUCUGCUCAGAGCUUAGUAGUCAGAGGGCCAUUGAUGAGGCUUGGGGCAGAUGGAUGAACAAUUAAUUGCUUUGGGGGAAAGAUUUCAUCUCUGAAUUUGUGUUUUUCAUCAUUUUGGACAUAUUAUAGCUAUUUUAUGUUGCUAAAUCGUUCCUACUUAUUAUGUCAACAACAAGCAUUUUUUUUUUUCGAUUAAAUUGCAGGGGAAUAUUAACUGCUAAUUUCAGACAAGCAUUCCCUUUUAACUUUCAAAUAAAUGUUUGUAUUUCUAGAUAA